CGCGCUAAGUGUACUCGGCGUAUUCGCUUGCGCCAAUCCCAUUGGAGGAAUGAGUACCAAAAUAGAGACAAGAGAUACAAUAAAUGCUGUAUUGGAAAAGGCUUCUUCUGGCGAGCAGUUUGAACCUUACUUACUGAAGAGACGUGAAGACGACACCACCGACUCACUCACGGUUACGACGGAGGCCACGGCAACGGCAAAAAAUGGCACAAUAGAACUUGGAGAUUUUGUGGUUGUAGAGUGGGGUCAUGUCAUUUCUAAUGGAAA